CAAGGAAUUGUAAGCGACGAAGCGCGAGUAGCGCUCUCGGAUUGCGCGCGUGCAGAUCCACAUCAACAGCACCUCUGUGAGCUUGUUGAUAUCACUCCACGAGUUCACGCUCAGCAACUCCCUGACACACUUACAAUUACUCUCAAUAUGGCGCCUGGAGUUCCCAAGCCAGGCCCGGCCAAACUUGGCCCCCGUGCUGGACUGGAUGAGUGGCUGGAGCAAGCCAAGCUAUGUCGAUACCUACCAGAGGGUGCCAUGAAGCAGCUCUGUGAGAUGGUGAAGGAGUGCCUUAUGGAGGAAUCCAACAUCCAACCCGUGCGUACGCCCGUCACAAUCUGCGGCGAUAUCCACGGGCAGUUUUACGACCUUCUCGAGCUCUUCCGAGUCGCUGGUGGUAUGCCGGGGGAGACAAAUGUACAAGCUCCUACAACUAUGAUCACCUCUGACGAUAUUGAGCCUCCAACCACUAUCGGCGGUGAUAAAAUUGGCAGUGACAGCGGUAUCGGGAGCAGCGUUGCAAGUAGUACAGAGGAUGAUGUUGAGGAGCAGCCAAGGGGCCGUCCCCGUACCGCCGGGAGCGCUCGUUCAAGAGCAAGUUCGGCUGCUCAUUCUGACAACACCAACGAAGUUACUGGCACAGGAAAGCAGAACUUUGUGUUCCUUGGCGACUUUGUCGACCGCGGUUAUUUCUCCUUGGAGACACUUACUCUCCUUAUGUGCUUGAAAGCCAAAUACCCCGACCGCAUUACCCUUGUCCGCGGCAACCACGAGUCUCGUCAAAUCACACAAGUCUACGGUUUCUAUGAGGAGUGCCAACAAAAAUAUGGCAAUGCGUCCGUCUGGAAGGCUUGCUGUCAAGUUUUUGACUUCCUUAUCCUUGCAGCUAUUGUUGAUGGAGCUGUUCUGUGUGUUCACGGAGGUCUGAGUCCAGAAAUCCGUACUCUGGACCAAAUCCGCGUCGUCGCCCGUGCCCAGGAGAUUCCUCACGAGGGUGCGUUCUGUGAUCUGGUCUGGAGUGAUCCAGAAGAUGUGGAAACCUGGGCCAUUUCUCCCCGUGGAGCUGGAUGGCUGUUUGGAGACAAGGUCGCAACAGAGUUCAACCAGGUCAAUGGACUUAAACUCAUUGCCCGUGCUCAUCAGCUUGUAAACGAGGGUUAUAAGUACCAUUUCCCGCAGAAGUCCGUUGUUACCGUCUGGUCUGCUCCAAAUUACUGCUACCGCUGCGGUAAUGUCGCCUCCAUCAUGAACGUCGGAGAGGACCUCGAUCCCAAGUUUUCCAUCUUCUCGGCCGUUCCUGAAGACCAGCGAGCUGUCCCUGCAGGCCGCCGUGGCGCUGGCGAAUACUUCCUCUGAACCACAACUGUUAUUUACGUCACCAGGAGCGUUCUGGUCGACGGUUAAACCCUUAGUUUUUGGAGUCUGCCCCUGCAUACUGGCGUUUUGGCUUUGGCAUAUGGCAUGUGGUUGAGAAAUACCCUGUUUGAGUAUAAAUGGCGUUAGUGUUUCCAGAGUUUCCAAAUCGAGAAGAGAG